AUGUUGAAGAUAGUGCCAGUGUUGCUGUCUGGACCACAAGGAGCCAUAGAGACAUUCGCAGUGCUUGAUGACGGGUCACAGAGAACAAUGAUCAUGACCACAGCAGUCAAACGACUUGGACUUCAAACCAAACCAGAUAAUGUACUUCUGACCACCAUUCGUCGAGAAUCCUUCACCUGUAAAGUUGAGUCCCUCCAACAACAGUGGCAACACCUCCAAGUUGCCACCCUGCCUGAAGUGAAUAGAGCCACUCCACUUAUCCUCGUCGGCUCAGACCAUGCCGAUCUCAUCCUACCCAUGCAACCCAUACAAUUUGGUCCCACCGGAACUCCAGUAGCCGUCUGCACGAAACUAGGAUGGUCCCUGCAAGGUCCUAGUCCCUCGUCGCAAGGAUCUUCCAAUCCGGACCGAUGUCUACUUACCUCAACCAAACCCCUGCUUAAAGGUGAUCUCCUUGAAAAUGUGGCCAGACUCUGGCAGAUCGACGUCUUGCCAUAUACAGGGAAGGAUGUCACACGUUCAAAACAGGACAAACAAGCUAUCACCACGCUUGACUCCGGGACAGUAAAGAUAGACGUGGAUGGUGAGACUCACUAUGCUACUCCCCUACUUCGGAAGCAGGCUGAUGCACAACUCAGUGGAACAAUAUCGGACGAAAAGGCUGAAGCAACCAGCGAAUCCUGGUACAUUCCCCACCAUGUUGUCAAGAAUAAUGACAAACACAGGCUUGUGUUUAACUGUUCCUUCGAACACAAUGGAGAGUCACUGAACUCCAACCUUCUCCCUGGACCCACACUCGGCUCCUCACUCCUGGGUGUUUUCUUGCGUUUCCGACAACACGCCGUUGCGGUAACCGGUGACAUCAAGGCGAUGUUCCAUCAGAUACGUCUCUUACCUGAAGAUCGACCCUUGCUCAGAUUCCUGUGGCGUGAUAUGAAACGAGAAGAAACCCCCAUCGUAUACGAAUGGCAGGUUCUACCAUUCGGCACCACCUGCAGCCCAUGCUGCGCCACUUUCGCGCUUCAGAAGCAUGUCAUGGACAACAUUGAGGGUAAUGAGGAUGUAGCCAGGUGUAUUAACCAGGCCUUCUAUGUUGACAACUGCUUGGAUAGCACGCCUACUGUUGAAGAGGCUCAGCAGUUAGUGAGCAAGACUCGUUCAGUUCUAGCUAAAGGUGGCUUAAAUAUCAGACAAUGGGCUAGCAACAUCCCUGAUGUAGUGAAAGACCUACCCCCUGAGUCCCGAUCAGACAAUUGUGAACUUUGGUUGAACUUUGGACGAACUGGUGAAACACAAGAGCCGACGCUAGGUCUCCGUUGGCAAUGUGAUACUGAUGCGAUCACCUACAGAUAUCGACCCAUUGAGUACACCGAACUCACCAUGAGGGUCAUCUACCCUACCCUUGCCACACAGUACGAUCCCAUAGGCUACCUGUGUCCAUUUACCGCCCGUGCCAAGAUACUUGUUCAAGAAUUAUGGAAGGGACAAACCAGUUGGGAAAAGGUGAUCACUUCUGGACUGGUCUAUGAAGCCUGGAUGAAGUGGGAGGGUGAGCUACCCCAACUCCCACAGAUUAGACUCCCCGGGUGCUACACCCCACACAACCUGAACAUCGACAACUCCUCGGUGAUUAGACAGCUCCACAUAUUCUGUGACGCAUCAGAACGGAUAUAUGGAUCUGUUGCCUACCUCCGAUCGGAAGAUGUGAAUGGGACCACAGGUGUCAGCUUUGUUGCCGCAAGGAGUCGAGUUGCUCCUAAGAAACAGUUAUCUAUCCCGCGUUUGGAAUUGUGUGCUGCACUCACAGGGGCCCAACUCGCUGAAAUGCUUAGCAAAGAACUGACUGUAUCCAUUGACAGUGUGAACCUAUGGAGCGAUUCUACAACAGUUCUGACAUGGCUGCUUUCCGACUCCUGCCAGUACAAGGUGUUCGUAGGAACCAGAGUAUCUGAAAUACAGAACCUGACCGAUAUCAACAACUGGCGCUAUGUGAAUACCAAGGAUAACCCGGCUGAUGACAUUACUUGCGGCAAAACCCUUGCAGAGUUAUGUGGUACAUCGCGAUGGCAAAGUGGGCCAUUAUUCCUAUGUGACAAACCGGAACGUUGGCCGAAUCCCCGGCCAACAUCAAGUGCAAUUACCGAAGAUACCUGUGAACUGAAGAAAACAUUCUGCCUUACUGCUACUGUUGAACCUAUGCCAGAGUUUCUGAACUACCACACCUGGGACCUGCUUGUAACUGCCACAAUGCAGCUACCAGACGGGGCGGCUUCCUCCUCCAGUCCAUGCAUGAGUCGACGACAACAGGCCGAGGUAAAACUAUAUCGUCAGGUACAGACAGACAGUUUCUCAGAAGAUUUGACAGCCCUGAUGGCUGGCAAACCAGUGCAAUCUUCCAGCAAACUACUCCAGUUGGACCCAGAGUAUGACAGGAUUGACGGCAUGAUCCGAGUCGGGGGAAGGCUGAGACAAGUGGACAUCCUACCUCACAGUGCUAAACACCCCAUUGUUCUCGACCCUAAACACCACAUCACCAGACUCAUCAUAAAGGACUAUGAUGAGAAACUUCUCCACGCGGGGGCCGAGCGCAUCCUAGCUGAAACCCGCAGAUUCUUUUGGAUUAUUCAGGGAAGAGAAGCUAUCCGUCGUCAGCAGAGAACCUGUACAGAGUGUCAGACCUGGCGUGCCAAACCCAACACACCAAAAAGGGCAGACCUACCUCUUGCCCGGCUUCGACUGUUCCGACCGUCAUUUUUCUCCACUGGAGUGGACUGUUUUGGACCCAUGAGAAUCAAGAUUGGACGACGGAACGAGAAACGUUGGGGAAUACUGUUUAAGUGUAUGACUUCCAGAGCUGUCAAUCUCGAUCUACUAGAUAGCAUGGAUGCUGACUCCUUCCUCAUGGCGUUCAGACGUUUCAUCUCGCAUAGAGGCAAGCCCAGUGAGCUGCUGUCCGACUGUGGCACAAACUUCAAGGGUGGUGAGACAGAGCUCCUCGAAGCCUUCAACGCCAUGAAACCGGAGAUGGCUAAUCAGCUUGAGAAACAGGUCAAAUUUCAGUUUAACCCUCCAUAUGCACCGCAUUUUGGUGGAGCCUGGGAAAGGGAGAUUCGAUCUGUCAAGAAUGGACUGAAGGUUACACUUGGUGAUCAAUCUGUAACUGAACCUGUGUUGAGAACCGUUCUCAUAGAAAUUGAGGGCAUUCUCAAUUCGAAACCACUGGGGUAUGUACCUACCGAUAUCUCAGACGCUGAACCUGUGACUCCCAAUGUGCUUCUCAUGGGGCGGCGAGACCCUUCACUGCCACAGAUGCCAGUGGCCAGUAGGACGGGUCGCCGAGACUUUCCCCGGUACCGAUGGACGGACACGCAGAGUGAAAGUGAUGGUCAGCGACAAGGAGUAUCUCCCGACCUGUGA